GUGGCGUGGUGCACGCGCCCUGUGUGCCGAGAAACCGGGGUCCCCCGGGUGAGUUUUCUGGCGCUGCCGGAAGUGUCCGGAGAGAGCCGAGCCGAGCGGAGCGGAGCCUCCCGUGCUGUGUCGCCGGCCUCACCCACUGCGGGCACCAUGGAGCCGGGCGCCUGAGGGCGGAGCGGUGCCCUGCCCCCGACAUGCCAGCCGGGCUCAUCGGCGCAGGUAUUGCUUGGUGUGUAGCAUAGAGGCACUAUGUACUCAGAGUGGAGGUCCCUGCAUCUUGUUGUUCAAAAUGAUCAGGGUCACACCAGUGUACUUCACAGCUAUCCUGAUAAUGUGGGGAGAGAGGUGGCAAAUGCAGUGGUGCGUCCUCUUGGGCAAGCCUUAAAUACACCAUCGGCAGCUGGGAGCGAGAGUUUACUAAAAACAGAUAAAGAAGUAAAAUGGACCAUGGAGGUGGUUUGUUAUGGACUGACCCUCCCAUUGGAGGGCGAUACUGUGAAGUAUUGUGUUGAUGUAUAUACUGACUGGAUUAUGGCUCUUGUAUUACCUAAAGACUCCAUUCCUUUACCUGUUGUUAAGGAACCAAAUCUUUAUGUUCAGAGCAUUCUCAGACAUCUACAAAAUCUCUUCGUACCAAGGCAGGAUGUGGGGUCCAGUCAGAAUAGACUAUGCUUGCAGGUUUUGAAGGCUGUCCAGAAAUUGGCUCGUGAGUCAACCAUCAUGGCUCGAGAAACUUGGGAGGUUUUAUUAUUGUUUCUCCUACAGAUUAAUGACACGCUUUUGGCAGCUCCCACUGUGCAAGGUGGCAUUGCUGAGAAUCUGGCUGAGAAACUGAUUGGUGUGCUGUUUGAAGUGUGGUUGCUAGCUUGCACUCGGUGCUUUCCAACACCCCCUUAUUGGAAAACUGCCAAAGAAAUGGUGGCCAACUGGCGGCAUCACCCUGCUGUAGUGGAGCAGUGGAGCAAGGUUAUCUGUGCCCUUACUUCCAGAUUGCUGCGUUUUACAUAUGGACCUUCAUUUCCUCCAUUUAAAAUUCCUGAUGAAGAUGCCAGUCUGAUUCCUCCUGAAAUGGACAACGAGUGCAUUGCACAGACUUGGUUUCGCUUUUUACAUAUGCUGAGUAAUCCAGUGGAUUUGAGUAACCCAGCCAUUAUAAGCUCUACCCCCAAAUUUCAGGAGCAGUUUCUGAAUGUGAGUGGAAUGACUCAAGAAUUGAAUCAGUAUCCCUGCCUUAAACAUCUGCCUCAUAUAUUCUUUCGUGCCAUGCGUGGGAUCAGCUGUUUAGUGGAUGCGUUCCUAGGCAUUUCACGACCCCGGUCAGACAGUGCUCCCCCCACGCCAGUAAAUAGGUUGAGCAUGCCACAGAAUACUGCUAUCAACACAACCCCACCUCAUAACCGAAGGCAUCGGGCCGUGACUGUGAAUAAGGCAACAAUGAAAACCAGCACUGUUAGCACUGUUCACACAUCAAAAGUGCAGCACCAGCCGUCGUCAUCCACCUCUCCAUUGUCUAGUCCAAACCAGACUAGUUCUGAGCCUCGACCACUACCAGCUCCCCGCAGACCAAAGGUUAACAGCAUCUUGAACCUCUUUGGAUCAUGGUUAUUUGAUGCAGCAUUUGUUCACUGUAAACUUCAUAAUGGAAUAAAUAGAGACAGCAGCAUGACUGCAUCUUUUAUCCAAAUUCUUCUUUCUUAUAAAUCUUCUAUAGCAACCCAAGCUAGCAUGGAGUUUCGUCGGAAAGGAUCACAAAUGUCCACAGACACCAUGACUUCCAAUUCCACAUUUGAUGCAAGUGAAUUUCCUGAUAACUAUGAAGCAGGAAGAGCAGAGGCAUGUGGAACGCUAUGUAGGAUAUUUUGUAGCAAGAAGACUGGGGAGGAUAUACUGCCAGCUUAUUUAUCCCGAUUUUACAUGCUUUUAAUUCAGGGUUUGCAGAUAGCAGAUUUCAUUUGCCACCCAGUGCUGGCCAGCAUUAUUCUAAACUCUCCUCCAUUGUUCUGCUGUGACCUGAAAGGGAUUGAUGUGGUGGUUCCUUACUUCAUUUCUGCCCUUGAAACGAUUCUACCUGACAGAGAGCUCUCAAAGUUUAAAACCUACGUAAACCCUACAGAGCUGAGAAGAUCCUCUAUCAAUAUUUUGCUGUCAUUGUUGCCUCUCCCUCAUCAUUUUGGGACCAUAAAAUCUGAGGUUGUCCUGGAAGGAAAAUUCAGCAAUGAUGACAGCUCAUCAUCAUAUGAUAAACCAGUAACCUUCCUAUCCUUGAAGCUGAGGCUUGUGAAUAUACUAAUAGGAGCUUUGCAAACUGAAACAGACCCCAACAACACUCAAAUGAUACUAGGAGCAAUGUUAAAUAUUGUUCAAGACUCAGCACUUUUAGAAGCCAUUGGCUGUCAGAUGGAAACGAAUGGUGGCGAAAAUAACCUUUUGAAAAACCACCGUCGCACUAACAGUGGCAUUAGUACAGCAAGCGGAGGAAGCACAGAACCCACAACUCCAGAUAGUGAGAGACCAGCACAAGCACUUCUAAGAGAUUAUGCUCUUAAUACAGAUACAGCAGCUGGACUACUGAUUCGCAGUAUUCACCUGGUAACACAAAGACUCAACUCACAGUGGAGACAGGACAUGAGUAUCUCACUAGCUGCAUUAGAGCUUCUUUCUGGAUUGGCAAAGGUGAAGGUGAUUGUUGAUUCAACUGACAGCAAGCGAGCUAUUAGUUCAGUGUGCAGUUACAUUGUGUACCAAUGCAGCCGUCCAGCUCCACUCCACUCUAGAGAUCUUCACUCCAUGAUUGUUGCAGCAUUUCAGUGCCUCUGCGUCUGGCUCACUGAACACCCAGACAUGAUGGAUGAGAAGGACUGUUUAAAAGAGGUGUUGGAGAUUGUGGAAUUGGGCAUCUCAGGAAGUAAAUCCAAAAACAGUGAACAAGAGGUCAAGUACAAAGGAGAUAAAGAACCAAAUCCUGCGUCAAUGAGGGUGAAGGAUGCAGCUGAAGCUACAUUAACAUGUAUUAUGCAGUUACUUGGAGCAUUUCCUUCACCCAGUGGCCCUGCCUCUCCUUGCAGCCUGGUGAAUGAAACCACCUUAAUUAAAUACUCCCGUCUACCUACCAUUAACAAACACAGCUUCCGCUACUUUGUCCUUGAUAAUAGUGUCAUCCUGGCAAUGUUGGAACAGCCUUUAGGGAAUGAGCAAAAUGACUCUUUCCCCUCUGUCACGGUUCUGAUCCGUGGGGUGUCUGGAAGACUUGCGUGGGCCCAGCAACUUUGCCUUUUGCCAAGAGGAGCGAAAGCAAAUCAAAAGAUGUUUUUACCAGAACCUCGACCUGCUCCUAAAAAUGAUGUUGGAAUCAAAUACAGUGUGAGACACCGGCCCUUUCCUGAGGAGGUGGACAAGAUCCCCUUUGUGAAAGCUGACCUGAGCAUUCCAGACUUGCAUGAAAUUGUUAAUGAAGAAUUGGAAGAGCGGCAUGAGAAGCUGAGGAAUGGUAUGGCCCAACAGAUCACUUAUGAGACAUCUAUAGAUCAGCAGAGUGAAGAGGAGUGGCGCAAGAAGAGUUUCCCUGACCCUAUUACUGAGUGUAAGCCCCCGCCUCCUGCCCAGGAAUUCCAGACAGCACGCCUCUUCCUCUCGCAUUUUGGAUUUCUGUCAUUAGAGGCACUGAAGGAAACUGCUAACAGCCGUCUACCUCCUCAUCUGAUUGCACUUGACUCCACUCUCCCUGGGUUUUUUGAUGACCUUGGUUACUUGGAUCUACUGCCAUGUCGUCCUUUUGAUACAGUUUUCAUUUUCUAUAUGAAGGCAGGCCAGAAAACAAGCCAGGAGAUUCUGAAGAAUGUAGAGUCUUCCAGAAAUGUUCAGCCACACUUCCUAGAAUUCCUGCUGUCUCUUGGCUGGGCCGUAGAUGUGGGAAAGCACCCUGGUUGGACUGGUCAUGUUUCAACAAGUUGGUCCAUUAACAGUUGCAGUGAUGAAGAGGGACCUGAGCAAGAUGAAAUUGUUUCUUCAGAAGACACUGGACCGAGCAUAUUCAAUGGGCAGAAGAAGGUUCUGUAUUAUGCUGAUGCCCUUACAGAAAUAGCAUUCGUUGUUCCCUCCCCAGUGGAGUCCUUAACUGAUUCAUUGGAAAGCAAUGUCUCAGACCAAGAAAGUGACUCUAACAUGGAUCUUCUGCCUGGGAUACUAAAGCAGCCAUCUCUGACACUUGAACUCUUCCCCAAUCAUACAGACAAUCUCAAUUCCUCGCAGCGGCUCAGUCCUACUUCCAGAUCAAAGAAGUUGCCUCAGGGCCGGACCAUUCCACCAAUGGGACCUGAAACCAAGGUGUCUGUGGUCUGGGUUGAACGUUAUGAUGAUAUAGAAAACUUUCCCCUCUCUGAUCUGGUUUCUGAGACCAGCACUGGUGUAGAAACUACAUCAAAUAGUAGCACUUCCCUAAGAUCAACCACUCCUGAAAGAGAAGUUCCUGUGGUUUUCAUCCAUCCCUUAAACACUGGGUUAUUCAGGAUAAAAGUGCAAGGCGCUACUGGGAAAUUCAACAUGGUCAUCCCCCUGGUGGAUGGAAUGAUAGUUAGUAGGAGAGCUCUUGGUUUCUUAGUGAGACAAACCAUAAUAAAUAUUUGUCGGAGAAAGAGGCUGGAAAGUGAUUCAUACAAUCCUCCACAUGUCCGCCGAAAACAGAAAAUAGCUGACAUUGUCAAUAAAUACAGAAACAAGCAGCUGGAGCCAGAGUUUUAUACCUCACUUUUCCAGGAGGUUGGGCUCAAGAACUGCAAUCCCUAGACCACUAUCCUUCCAGGACAAUUAGAUCAGAGCUUGGUGGCUACAGUAAUCGAAACAAUUAGACAACCAAAAAAACCCAAACCACCCUGCAAAAAAUCUCCCCCUCAGUCCUCCAGAGUAGAGAGAAAUGACUCAGUGGAUACCAUGCAGGAGGAGUCAGGAAUGAAUAGGCUCCCAACCUUCAACAUCCUAAUAAGACCACAUCUUUGAACGGAACUCCAUGUCCCCUGCACAAGAGGAGGCAGAAAUUAUACCACUUUCACCAUUUAAACAUUUUCCCAUUCUGUUAGAAAAAAUAUAGCAAGUAUGUCUGAGAGAGGCUUGAAUACAGCCCUGAUAGCCUCCCAUGUUCACAGAAAAUGACGGGUUCCAGGCAUAGGUUCAGGAACUAACAGCUGGGGCUUCCUUCCUCGCUGCUCCAGGAGAUUCGGUUCAAGAACUGAUCAUGAGACCCAUUCCUUACAAGACAUGAAAUCAAGAACAUGGUAGCUGGGAUAUUAACUUACCUUGCCUGCUCACCCACCCUCAACCAACCACUGCAUUCCUCACCAGUCCUCCUGGAUACUCAAAACAACAUCUCUUAGCACAACCUUCAUUCUCACCUAAUUAGAGGAAAGAACAAAUAAAUAUCUCAUCCAGUGAGAAGGACACACCUCCAUCUCUGCAUAGGGGGAUGGAAAAUGAAAUACAAAUAAACCUGGCCCCCACAUCUGAAUGAAAGUUGUCUAAAUGCUCACAUGCACAAAAGAAGAAAGGAACAGAGUCAUCUUCCCUUCACACCUGCUGGGGAAGAGAGACCCCAUCUCGGAGCAUUAACCAUCCACCGUAAGGAGUUAAAUAGAAGUUCUUAAAAAUACCUCCAAACUCAAUAGAAGAGACUUCUUUGACGGAGCGCAUUCAACUUCUAUAACAAGCUGAAGGAGAAAAAGGUUAGUUCAUAAACAUCAAGUCACAAAAUCCAUAGCUGAAGUGCUGUGAUUCCAUAGUUACCUCUCAAUAAAUUCCAGAAUUACUGCUGGUGUUCGGCAUGACUGAGUUUUAUGCAUAUUUACACUUAUACCAGGUAUACACAGAAAACCUGAGAUUACCUUACUUUCAAGAAUUUUUUUCUACUAGAUAACCGAGUUGUCUUGCACUUGUGUAUAAACAAAGCUAAGGCAUUACAGUCUGUUGCAAAAUGUCACUUGGUUUUAAUACAAUUUGGUUUUAUGCCACUAACUAAAUAACCCAUUUUAAUGGUUAAAUUGCCUGCUUGCUUACCAUCAGAUCAAAAAAUGACACUCUCCAGAAAGACUGUUUAGAUAGCUGUAUGUACAAGGACUGUUACCAGGAACCAUAUUUCUGAGUGUGGUCCAGAACAUUUGCUUUACUGUUGCUGAAAUGGGAGAAGAGAUUUGGGGGCUUGCCCAUUAAAGAAUGUUUAACUCUUUGAUAUUUGUGCAGGUGUCAGACUGCUCCUCAAACUGUUAAACUAUGCCCUAAAGAACAAUCACCCUGCUGAAUGUGCUUUCUCUUCCACUCUGGGAUGAUCCAGGCUACCACAGCCCCUUUGUAGUGACUAUUACACAUCUAGCUCAUAAUUCAACAUAAAAUACUAUAAAGACACUGUGCUUUUAGCUUGUUCAUCUCAAGUAGUGGCUACUGUUUCUGAAAGUGCUUUCCUUUCCUAAGGACUGAUGAAAGUGGCCAGUUGCCUUUUACAGCAAGGAGAGGGUUUGUAAGCUCUAAACUCCUCUAUUGCCUCAUUUUAGUGAGCACAGGUCAAACGUUUUCUUCAGAACCGUAGACCCUCCCUUUUCUGUGUCCUAACCUCACCGUUAAAUAUGCAUAUUUUAGUCCCAAGUAAAACAGGCCUGUAGCAUGAAAUGUGGAUUAUGAAAAGACAUUCAGAGACUUUUAAUGCAAAUCACAAUAAGUUUUGAUAUUUAUUUAACUUUUCUAUUUUUGAAAGUUACUUUUUGCAACAGUUCUGACUUCAAAACAGGCUUAGUAAGGAAAGUAUUUCAUCGCACAAUAUUAAUGUAACAAGAAGUGGUCUUUUACAAAGAAUAAAUUGAAAAAGUGCCCUAAAAAUCCACCUGAAAGAACUUUUGAGGCUGUGACAAAGGGGGGGUUGGGUGAUGGAGUGUGCUCCUUACAGUGGGCUAGCAUACUAGUCACUCACCUCUGGGAAUUUGGGUUCAAAUCCAGGUGGAUCACAAGUGAAAAAUGAGACCACAAAGAAACACUGCAAACGUUUGCGUGAUUGCUUGUCCUUGCUUGUCCUGCCAUGCCCAGGAUUCAAAUAGCAAAGGGGUUGCUGCAGGUCGGACAUGAAGUCCAGUGGUAGAGCUGUAGAGGGAAGCUUGUGUAGCAUCUUGCCAAUGCUCGUUCAGUGCAUGAGCACUAAAUUUACCCACAGUCUUUAUGUACCUAUUGAUCUAAUAUGACCAAACACAUUUAGUCCACGGAUUAAAUGGCAUGACCAGUGUAUGUAUACUGAAGUGGUGUAAUAAACAUGUUGAGCAAUCAAAUGUCUGCACAUUAUCAAGAACUGUUUUUAAAAAACAAACCACCAUAUAUGUUUGACCAAUGUAAGAAUAGUCUAGAUAAAGCCAGUAGUUCACAUAUAGACUAAUGAGCUGCAAAAGACCUCAGUCUGUCCGUUAUUCAGGCCUGAAUAAGAGUCUGAAACAUCAAGACAGCUGUACUGAGAGGGACAUGGGUAUUUUUUGUGAUGUUCAGUCCAAGAAAGCCAAAUAGUCUUCACGUUUUACUUUUAGAAAGAUUAAAGAUCUGCUGUUGGGUGAAGACCAUUUCAUGGUUUAUUUUUGAGUCUCUAAGGUCAACUGAGACAUGAGCAUACCCGUAUCACUGCUGUAUUUAUCCAGAGCCUGGGCAACAGAGCUUUAUACCUUACUGACACAAUCUUAAUUUGGUUUUACAAUUGGCUGUUUAACACGUCACCACGUGACUGUUACAGCUUGGCCAUUAAUGGUUUUUCACUUGUCUGAAAUAGUGAGAAGGGUAGAACUUCUAGAGAAACACCGUCCAAUAUAAAACUAUAGUGAUUACACAAAUACAUAACUACUCCUUAGUAGAUCCAGCAUAUCACCCUGAGUAUUUACCACCAAAUUGUUAGACCACAUAAGAGAGAUUUGACUUGGCCAUGCUUAAAGGAACACUGGCAGAUUAAAAAUCCAGAUUUCCUCACAUGUUUCUAACAACACCAUACAUUAUUACAACUGAAAAUUAACCCCCUCCCCUCCGCACACACAAAAUUUUCUUAACGCUUACAUGGCUUACUUACUACUUGCAUUUCAUUCUUGCUAGACAACAUAUUGACUGUUUCACUUGCGUAUAGUUUAUUUUCAGUCUAGUCUCAGGCACCAGGAUAGCACUACAAUAUUUGGGUUACAAACAUUACACAGGUCUCAAUUUAAAUAUUCCUUUUUUCCCUUUUUAUAUCCUGAAAACAUUCUAUUUGGGGUUUGUAAAAAUGUUUAAACUGAGAGUAUCCCUUUAAUGAUAAAUUAUUUCAAUAGAAUUUGAGAAAAGGUAACAUACUGUCAUCUUGUUAGCAUUUCUGUCUUAGAGUUGCAAUAAUUUUAGGAUCUUACAUCUCAUUUAAAGAGUUAUAAAGUAUCUUUGUAAAAAGUACUAAGGGUAUUACAAAUUUACAGCAAAUGAAUGGGAAAAUCCAUGUCAGUGAAAGAUUAGAUACCUUUGUGGACAGCAUCCUCAGAGAAAUUGUAGGAAGCGAAGCUAGUCCUUUGUAGCCUAACUAAUCGAACCACUGGCUUCACAACAGAUAGCUGUGUAUUUCUCUCAUGCAGUGUUCUGGAUGUUUAGCCUGAAGGAUAGCAAACUAAAUUUGACUUUUAAUGGUGAGAAAAAGUUAGAUAUGAUUCAAUGAUCACACCGUUUAAAGGUUGAUGUUUUUGAAGGAACCAAACGUAUACUGUUUCCACACUGGGUUUUAGCAGGACUGGUUUGAAAUGCGAUUGCCAGGUAUCAUGUGCUUAAAAUCAUGUACACUUUGUGUGAACUUCUGUAUGUUGCCAAGACAUGAUCUUUUUGUUUCUAUUGUAUUUUUCUGUAAAUAUUACUGGCGCUAAGUUGUAAAGUAAAGGCAAACUGUAAAUAUGAAGAUGUGAACUAUGUUCCCUUGUCUCUAGUACUUUAUCUCUUAUUUGUUUAGGGAAGGCACAAAGGCUUGUAUGUAUUUAGGCCAAUUAUUUGUCCAGAAGAAACACAUCAAAUAUUGAAUGUAACACAAUUAGUCCAAUAAAUUUUAAAGAAAUUCUUAUCUAG